AUGGCGAAUCACCCAAAAGAAAGCACUACAAAGGUUAUAGGCUCUAAUUUGAUUUAUAAAAAUUUAGAAGAGUGGAAGUCUGCUUUGGACAAAUAUGAGAAGAAUCCUCCUAAAGACAUUCAAAGUGUUCUUAGAGUGAGCUAUGAUAGUCUUGAAGGCAAUGAAAAGGAUAUUUUUCUUGACAUAGCAUGCUUCUUCAAUGGGAAGAAAUGGGAAUAUGUAAAAAAUGUAUUAGAUGGAUGUGGUAUGUUUACAGAAGAUGGUAUUAGAAUACUAGUUGAUAAAUCUCUCGUAACUAUCAAAGAUGGUUACUUGAGGAUGCAUGAUCUAAUACAGAAUAUGGGUAGAGAGAUUGUGAAGCAGGAGGCACCAAAAGAAGUUAGAGACCGCAGCAGAUUAUGGUUUCAUGAAGAUGUUCUUGAGCUACUACCCGAUGAUAAAGAAAAUAAAAAAAUUGAAGGAAUAAAGCUUGUUCAAUGUGAAGAACAUGAUUGGACUGACAAUGCCUUUGAAAAGAUGAAGAAACUUAGAAUUCUCAUUCUUCGGAACACAAACCUUUCAUGUCGGACUAUUCCUCAACCUGAGCAAUUAAGGCUGCUUGAUUGGAAGGGGUACCCUUCAAAUUCUAUUCCGUCGAACUUAAAAAAAAUUGUUGCCUUAAGUUUACGUCAUAGUCCUCUCAUGUUGGAAAAGCCGUUUCAGAACUUUGAGCAUUUGACUUACAUGAAUUUCUCCCAUUGUGAAUCCAUCACUCAUUUUCCUAAUGUAUCUGAAGCCCAAUGUUUAAGAAAGUUGAUACUCAAUGGAUGCAUAAACUUGGUUAGGUUUGAUGAAUCAGUUGGAUUUCUCCCAAACCUUACAUAUUUGAGAGCUUCAAAGUGCACUAAGUUAAGAAAGUUUCUUUCAAGAAUUUGUCUGCCUUCACUAGAGCACCUUUCCUUUAACUGGUGUAGAAUACUUGGACUCUUCCCGGACAUUGUGGGAAAGAUGGAUAAGCCAUUAAAGAUUUGUUUGAAAGCUACUGCUAUUCAAGAGCUUCCAGAUUCUUUUGUUGAUCUUGUAGGACUUCACUAUUUAGAUUUGACAAGUUGCGAGAAACUUGGUUAUCUUCCAAGCAGCUUAUUUAUGCUGCCAAAUUUGGUCACAUUGAAAGUUGGAGGAUGCCCUCAACUUGGUGGAUCAUUUGCAAGAUUCAGAGGAAGCCUUCCAACUACUGCAGAGAGCCGUCCAAGUUUAGAAACUCUGCAUUUCAGCCAUGCAAGUUUACGUGACGAAGAUCUUCAUGUAAUUAUGCAGAGUUUUCCAAGCUUGGAAGUCUUAGAUGUUUCAUCAAACAACUUUGUGUCUAUUCCAGCAUGCAUUCAUGAAUCGUCCUACUUGACAAGUUUGGAUUUGAGUUACUGCCUAAAUCUUCAAGAAAUUCCAAAACUUCCCUCUAGUGUUAGGAAAGUGGAUGUGAGACACUGCAAUUCCUUAAGUGCAAGCACAACAAGUAUGCUAUGGUCACAGAUUCCAGAAUGGUGGGACCAUUGUACAAGAUGGAAGCACAAUCCAUCGUACCUGAAUUUAAAGGCACGUGGCAAGUUCCCUGCUGUGGCUUUGGCGUUUGUGUUUGGAGAAAUGAACUAUCAAUCUGUUGGGCUGCACUUGUCCAUUGACUAUGGGGAUGUAAACUCUGCAUACCAACCAUCGCAUAAUUUCAGAGUUGCAGAAAAUCAUGUGUUGUUGUGCGACCUACGACUAUGGUUCAGUGAUGAGGAGUGGAAGAGACUUGAUGCACAUGUUGAGCAUGGUAACACAUGGAAGACAGUGAAGGUGAGGUGUGUACCAGACAUCAUCCCAGUUCAUUGGGGAGUGUAUGUUUACAAGGAAGAAACAAGCAUGGAAGAUAUCCAAUUUCAGGAGAGGGAGUUGACUUACCAAAGUUGUCCGGAUCGUUCUUGGAAGAAGAGAUUAUCUUCUGCUGAGAAACUCGCCAUUGCUAGCUUCUCAGAAAGCCUCCAAACUGUGGUAAAAAAUUUGAAGCGGCUUAUGGCUCCAAGAGAAGAAGAGCAAUGCUUUUGCUUAAUGCAACAUGACAGAGAUAAGGACAAAGAUGAGGAUGAGGAUGAGGAAGAGGAAGGAGAGUCAGACAUAGAAGCAUAG